CACACGGGCGGCGGGCAGCUGCUUCUCCCCGCAACCGUAUUUUACGCGCCCUUUGCGAAACGCCCAAUGAGCGCUACGGAAGCCGCGAGGGCCCCUCGAUUCCUCGGUUUUGGCGUCUACGGCGUUCCGCUUCCUCUCCGAAGUUCCUCCCCGGACCAAACAAGGAGCCAGUCCGAGAGAACUCGGGGAGAAAGACGGGGCAAAUAAGUGUACCUGUGUGUAGAUGUGUGACAGCGGAGUGUGCGAGGACAAGCCCCCCGCCCCCCCUGUCAGGAUGAGCAGCCAAGGAGGAGGAGCCAAGGACCCCCAGUCGGCCAAUCACAGCUCUCGGCCGCUGCCGUCUGUGCCCGAGGAGAGGAAGUCCAGAAACAAGAUCAUCUCCAUGUUUGCCUCUGAGAAAGGAGGCAGGAAGAAGGACCGGGACAAGGACAGACCCGAGAUCUCCUCCCCCUCAGACUUUGAACACACCAUCCAUGUGGGUUUUGAUUCAGUCACUGGAGAGUUCACUGGCAUGCCGGAGCAGUGGGCCCGUCUCCUGCAAACCUCCAACAUCAGUAAAUCAGAGCAGAAACAGAAUCCUCAGACCGUCCUCGACAUUCUCAAGUUCUACGACUCCACCAGUGGAAAACAGAAAUACCUCAGUUUUUCCGCCUCGGAUAAAGACUCUCAGUCGCCCGGCAAGCAGGGCACGGCGACCUCCCAGUCAGGUGGCAAAGAUGGAGAGGAUGACGACGAUGACGACACGCCGCCUCCGGUGGUGGCGCCGCGGCCGGAACACACGAAAUCGGUGUACACGAGGUCGGUGAUAGACCCGCUCCCGGCUCCGGAGGUAGACGGCGCCUCUAAGGCAGCUGACAGGCAGAAGAAGAAGGGCAGCGGCAAGAUGACCGACGAGGAGAUCAUGGACAAGCUCAGAACUAUUGUCAGCAUUGGAGAUCCUAAGAAGAAAUACACUCGCUAUGAGAAGAUCGGCCAGGGGGCGUCUGGCACAGUUUAUACAGCCAUAGAUGUCGCCACAGGACAGGAGGUGGCCAUCAAACAGAUCAACUUGCAGAAGCAGCCGAAGAAGGAGCUGAUUAUCAAUGAGAUCCUGGUCAUGAAGGAGAUGAAGAACCCCAACAUCGUCAACUUCGUAGACAGUUUCCUCGUAGGAGACGAGCUCUUUGUGGUGAUGGAGUACCUGGCCGGCGGCUCCCUAACCGAUGUUGUGACGGAGACGUGCAUGGACGAGGCUCAGAUCGCAGCAGUCUGCAGAGAGGUCCUCCAGGCUCUGGAGUUUCUUCAUGCCAACCAGGUCAUCCACAGGGACAUUAAGAGCGACAACGUACUGCUGGGGAUGGACGGCUCAGUCAAACUCACUGACUUUGGCUUCUGCGCCCAGAUCACUCCGGAGCAGAGCAAACGUAGCACCAUGGUGGGAACCCCGUACUGGAUGGCUCCAGAGGUGGUGACCAGGAAGGCCUACGGCCCCAAAGUGGACAUUUGGUCUCUGGGCAUCAUGGCCAUAGAGAUGGUGGAGGGAGAGCCUCCGUAUCUCAACGAGAACCCACUCAGGGCGUUGUACUUAAUCGCCACCAACGGGACCCCUGAGCUGCAGAGCCCAGAGAAGCUGUCUCCCGUCUUCAGGUCUUUCCUGUCCCGCUGUCUGGAGAUGGAUGUGGAGAAACGAGGAUCAGGCAGAGAACUGCUGCAGCACCCAUUCCUGAAGCUGGCCAAGCCUCUGUCCAGCCUCACCCCGCUCAUCCUGGCCGCCAAGGAGGCCAUGAGGAGCAACCGCUAGACGGACAGUCUCUCAGGACUAUUAAGAGCUGAUGCCAGUGGCGGCCAAACCAGCCGCCAUCUUCUACCAGUCUGCGUUCAAUGACCAUCAGCAACCUGCUAUUCUUUUUUUUUUUCUUUUCUUUUUUUACCUCACAAGGGUCACAAAAACUCCUCUGCAGUGUUCCCGGUGUUUCUGUACUGGUGCCAGAUUUAUCCUUCCUUCCUUGUGCCUUGUUCUAAAGCCGCAUACAGCCACCAUGGGUUUUCUAUUUGUUGCAGCCGGAGCACGUGUGUGUGUGUGUGUGUGUGUGUUGUUGUUGUUGUUGUUGAUGUUGACAUGCUGACUUACUACAGUAUGCAUAUGAGGAAUGUGGUUUCACGGUUAUUUAAACAUCAUGGGCCGUGUUCACAACGGAUCUUAUCGGCCCUGGGAGGCAUUUCGGUGUGAGGAACGGAUGCCAACGAUGGUCCAUGUAGGGGAGAGUUGAGCAACAUCAUCUCUGCUGUUGCGGGAUUGUUUAGAUUUUGUUGGUGAGCUGUCAUCCAAAUACAUGAGGUUCAUUAUCGUUUUCGUUACAUUUUGAAUGCUGAUUUGCUCUGUGAAUUGCUCUUCGACGUAGUUUGAGACAAAGUUGCUCUUAUUUUGAGCCUUUUCUUCGACGGGUUAGCAGCUUCUUUUUCAGCUAUGAGACUUUUCAUUAUUACAGAAUUAUUAUUUUUUCCUCUUCCAGAUAAAAGUUUUAGAACGUGA